CAUCAACUCUCCCAAGACCUCUGAGAUCAACCAGGACCAGGAACCAUGUCCAGUUCUGGGCCAAAGGAGCUGAGGAUUGUCUUCAUUGGAAAGACUAAAAUGUUGACUUCACAAAUUGAAGCCAUCCUGAAAGAAAAGGCUGCGCAGGAAGACUUUACAAUGGUUUUGGUGAAGACUCUGAUCCAAGACAGUCCAAGUCAAGUCGACGAGACAGAAAACACCGAAGUGUCAAAGGAAAUGCAGAAAGGAGCUACAGCAUCCAUCUUUUCUCCUGGUCCCCAUGUGUUUCUGUUCGUGCAAGAGUGGGAGAGCGGCUUUAAAAUACAUGACGUGGAGCGAAUGAAACUGGUUAGGGAGUUCUUUGGUGACGAGUCGCUGCGUUACUUUUUACCCUUGAUCACCCACGAAGAUGAAGAGCUGAAACCAAAGGAUAGAAAUGAAAUAAUGAGUUUCAUUGAGACACAAUUUGGGUGUGACAAAGAGAAAUGGAGUGAUAUUGAUGUUGGUAGUGAGAAAGUCCAAGAUCAGGAGAGAAAGUUAGUGGACAAGCUGAGAGAGGUGGCUGAAAACAACCAAUGGGAGUGUUACACAGAGGAAAUGUUCAAGAGGGCACAGGAAGCCCUCUGCCAGAAAAUGCAGGAAUUAGACAAGAAGGGAAGGAAAGAUGAUGUGAAUGACACACUGACCAAAUUUAUUGAGUUGGUAACUGGAGGGGGCGACUUUAGCAAGUUCCUGUUUCAAAUGCAGAGAGAGGUGUCAGACUAUUUCAGCAAAUACACGGAGAAGCUGGCUCAGAAACACAAAAAGUGAGGAUAAAAAUUGGCCUCCAUUCACAAAAGAAUCAAAGAGUUAAGAGCAAGUUAAUGAAAUGACGGAAGGAAAGAUGAGACUUUACUCAUGAACCCAAAAUGAUUGAUUCAUUAAUCCUGUUGUUAUUAAAUCUGCAGCUCGGUCAGAGAAACAAACAAGAUAUUUGAUGUUUUUAAUGCGAGUUAUUAAUCUGACAGACUCGGUUCCUCUGCACACUGAGAUCAAGACAACAAAUAAUCAUGUUUUUAUAUCAUUAUUAUCAUUUGCAUUUUGGCAGAAGUGACAUUUGGACUGGUUCAAUUGGACUCCAUAUUUUCCAGCUGCAACAUUAUAUUCUAAAUGAUUUAAUGCAAAUACUUCUCUGCUUCUUUUUCCUUUUAUUGAUGGUGAACAAGGCAUAAUGAGGAAAAGCAGGAUAUACGUGUGCAUGUAUGUGGGGCAGCUGUAACGUUUGCGUCUUCUGUGUGGUAAAAUUGUAAAGAUUAGCUCUCCAUACAGAUCUGAGUUCUUUCUGCGCCUCUGCUCCAGUUACAGGGAAACCUGACAACAGAUGUUUUCUGGAGAAGCUGCAGCACAGACUGUGUUUUUCUUUUCCUUUGUUUUCUGAAAAACAUGUUAAAUGUUGAAGCCUGAUGGAUUUUGUGCUUCCACUCAGUGGACGUGUUCAAAAAAGAAAGAUUGUUUUCUUUUUUCAUUCCUUUCUAUGAUGUAACACAGUUAAGAUGCUAAUGUACGAAUCAGUGUGUGAACUUAUGCAGCUUCAGUCAGAUAAUAGCAGCAGAAUCACAUCAAUAAAUCAAACAUGACUGAGACAAA